AUGAAGGUCUCCCGGCUUGCGUCGCCAGCCUGGGCGCUCCUCAUCUCAUCAGCCGUCGCAACUCCCUGCUCAGCAACGCCCGUUGAUGUCGACGUCGCCAUCAUCGGCGGCGGCUCCUCCGGCAUCCACGCCGCGAUCAACCUCAGAGACGCCGGCGCAAAGGUUCUUGUCCUGGAGAAGAAGUCCCAGAUCGGAGGCCACGCGGAGACCUACUUCAACCCCGAAACCGGUCUCCCCGCAAACAUCGGCGUCGUGAUCUUCGAGAACCGCGACAUCGUGAGCAGCUACUUCGACCGGCUGAACGUCUCGACCGUCAAGACCAACCCGCUCAACCCCCAACCGGGCGCGGUGACGAAGAAUUACGACUUCUCGCUCGGCAUCCCCAUCCCGGCGCAAAACGCCUCGGCCGCCGCGGCGCAGCAGCAGGCCGUCCAGGCCGCGGUGCAGGCGUACUCUACGAACGUGCUCGCCAAGUAUCCCUGGAUCGACCAGGGCUUCCUCGUCCCGGACCCCGUGCCCGAGGAGCUGACGGUGCCCUUCGCCGAGCUGGCGCAGAAGUACAACUUCACCGCGCUGCUCCCCGUGAUCGCCCAGUUCGGCUGGUGGUCGGGCGAGAUCACGAGCAUCCCGGCCCUGUACGGCAUCAACAACCUCGGACCUGCGCUGCUGAACAGCAUCUUUGGCGAGUUCAUCGUCCCGGCUUCGGGGGAUUCCAGGAGUCUCUACUACGCGGCCGCGAAGGAGCUGGGCGACGACGUCCUCCUCAACGCGACCGUCGUGGACGUCAAACGCGAGGACUCGGGCGUUUCCGUCGUCGUCCACCAGCCGGACCAGGCCCCCAAGCUCGUGCGUGCUCGCAAGCUCCUGAUCGCCGUGCCCCCUACCCUCGACAAUGUCGGAACGUACGACCUGUCCGACGACGAGAAGACGCUCUUCUCCAACUUCUUCGCUCUGGGCUACUGGGCCAGCGUCGUCACCGUCCCGGGGCUGAACAACAGUCUGGCCAACGUCGGGAUCCAGACUCCGCUCAACCAGCCGGUCAUCCCAGGCACCAACGGCAUCUUCGGCACCAGCUCGCCCGGCGACUUUCUGGUCGGCGUCGGCUUCAACGAUACCAACUACACCGACGAGGACGGGAAGAACAUCAUCCGUGAGAACUUGGCGACUCUGGCUGCCCUUGGUGCGGUGCCGGAGGGCGCGGCGGAGAAGGUUACGUUCCCGUACUUCUCGAACCACGCACCGUACAACGUUCGCGUGCCUGCGGAUGAGAUUAAGAGCGGCUUCUACGGCAAGCUCCUGGCACUGGAGGGCGUGCGGAACACGUACUGGGCUGGAGCGGCUUUUGCGGGACAGAACAGCGCCAUGGUCUGGUCAUAUAAUGAGGCCAAUGUUCUGCCUGGCUUGAAGAAGGAUCUUGGUUUGUAG